AUGCAGCAGAAACUGGCAAUUGGUGGAAGAGUACAACUCAACCGCUUCUGUCGUCAAUAUCUCCAGCUUCAACUCGAGUUAGACUACCCAGAUGAGGAAUAUCUUCGAAAAGAUGCCUUCCAAGAAGCUAUUUAUUCCACCAUGUUUGAUGAAUCAGUCAUUGAACAUCCACCUCCUGCGAGAUAUCAAUUAAAGGUAUUGAAAAAACUCAUCAAGAAAAUUGAGCAGAGUAUUCAAGACUGGGAAGAAGACGGAAUAUCUGAUAAUCUCAUGAACCACCUCUCCACCCUCCUUUCCUCCCCGCUCCCCUCCGAAGCAGCCUCCACCCAGCAAAAGUCCUACGUGACAUACACGCUGUCCUCCCUCCUCCCCAGCUUCUCCAACUUCAAAUCACCACCCCCAACACCCACCUCCAAUUCCUCUACGCUCGUCCCACCAACGAUUACCCUCCUCGAAUCCCGCAACCUCCUCUCGGCAUCCGGAACAACCGGUCUGAAAACCUGGGAAGCAUCCCUCCACCUUUCCCAGUACCUAACUUCACAACCCCUAAUCCACUCGCGCCGAAUCCUCGAACUCGGAUGCGGAACCGGCUUCCUAUCCAUCCUGUGUGCCAAAUACUUGCACGCUGCACACGUCCUAUGUACAGACGGAUCCUCAGACGUAGUCUCAUGCCUACCCUCCAAUUUCGCAUUAAACCACCUCACGGAUUCUUCUCAAAUCCACGGCAGCGUGUUUAUCUGGGGCGAAGACGGUGCAGAGGAAAGAGGAGAAAUGGGGAUGGGAAUUCUGGAUGCGGAUGUGGAUGUAGUCAUCGCAGCAGAUGUCACGUAUGACGCAGCUGGUAUCCCGGCAUUGGUAUCGACGUUCCAGAAUCUAUUUGCGCGGAAUCCGGGCGUCAGGGUAUUAGUUGCGGCGACGGUUCGGAACGAGAGGACGUUUGCUGGGUUUCUGGGGACGUGUGAGGGGUGCGGAUUAAGGGCUGAAGAGAUUGAGUUCCCAGUGUUAGGGGCACGGGAGCAGGAGGGGCCGUUUUAUGAUGAUGCGGUGGAGAUUCAGAUUUGUGAGGUGAAAUUGGGAGGGCGUUUUUGA